GGAGUUGCAAACAAUUAAGUGAUCAAACAUUGUUCCUACUUUUAGACUCAGUCUUUCAACGGAAGUGGGUGAAAUCACGGUAAACCAAUAGAAAGAACACUAAUGGAAAGCUGUUGAACCAUGCUUGACUAGAAAUAAUCAGAAACGCCAAGCAUUGAAGAUAUCUGAGGACAGGACAAAUGGGACAACAAGUCAAGACCAAUGAGUAAGAUGCACAUACUGUUUAAAUACAACCAUCUACAUCCAGAAAACUUAAUUUAAUAACAGAGGAAUACAGUACAGCCUCGGAGCCUGUAGUGUUUUUCACUCCAGGGCUGACCACUGUGAAACGUUAUCUUACAGGUACUGAGGAUAGGUCAAAGAUGACCAUCGGGUAGAUUUGAAGAUUCUAUCAUUAUUGCGCAGUUCUUGUUAGAAAGUCACGUCCCGGGGAACAAACAGAUAUAAAGUUAGAAUUAAAGUAGUGUAGGAUGAGUGUUGUUUACCACAAAGAGGAGGAGAGAGGAGGACGAAGGGCAAUAACUCAACUCCUCAUCUCUGGAUGUACAGUAAUCUAAUUUACCAACAACAAAAACACUCGGGAAAUCAGCACAAGGUAAAGAAAACAAGGAAUGUAAAUACAGAGGAGAUAAUAGGGAAACUAUAGGAGGAAACCUCCUUUCUGGAUCGCAUAACAGCUCUAUUGAUGUAGUCAUGAUUAUAUAGGAUGAAAUAUAUCGCUAAAUAAGCAACAGUGGAAGCAGUAGAGGCAGAAGGAAAAUCAUGAACAGCUCCGUGUCUCAGAAAUCAUUACGAGGAUUUCUUGUUAUCAUUGGAACUUUUUAAAAUGAAAAUCACCAAGCAAAUGUAAUAAUUGGAUGAAAUGCUAUUAUAAGGAGCGUGGACUAGCACAGUGGAAUAACGCUAAAUAAGCAACACUUGAAGCAGUUUUUGAACAGAAGGAAUAUAUUUGAUACCCUGAACCAUUUUGUGUCUAGGAAAUCAUUUUGACAAUUUCUUGCUUUUAUUUGAACCUCUUGAAAUGAAAAUCAUCAAACAAAUAUGAUUAUUGUUCAAUCAAAUCACCGCUGAGCAAUUCACUUGUCAAUUACAGCUCUGAGGCAGCCAAUCUGAAAAUCUUUUGCCGUCCAUUGAAUGUUGAACUAUUAACAAACCUCCGAAACUAUAGUAUUUUGUUUCACAUAAUGAUCAAGCCAGAAUGAAGAGACACUUAUAAAUUGUUCCUGAUGAAAACAGAUGGAAGGCAAAUUGUCAGUGCAAACAAGUCAUCCAUCACAAGCUAUUAUUACCAGCGAACCAUGUUACGCCUUCAUUCACACUAACCUCUUUAUAUGAACAAACUCCCUCCCCUUUGCAUGUUUCAGAAACUAAAUUAAUUUUUGUUUGAUCUGUGGAACUACAUAUCCUGGAUGAGUGUGGCAGGCUGACAUCACAGCAGCCUUCCCUACGGGGAGCAUCCGUUCAAAUAACUCUAGUCAUCUAUCAAUCGAUGAGAUGACAAGUGUAUUGACUCUGAUAGAACCACUCAUCAGUUGGACUUCAUCUACAUGAAACAAAUGAGCAUUUAGAUCUUGUGUUUGACGUCCCGCUAGAGAUGAACAGUGUAUUGAGUAACAAUUAAUUCAUGUGAAGGACAACAAUCAGUAAAACAAAACUCACAAAACUCUACAUUCCCAAAUAAUUGUAAACUGCUAGGAUCUCUUGAUGCUGUUGGCGUAAAAACGGUAUAGCGCCACCAGCUUUUGGCUGGAAUCAGAGCUAAUUUAUGAACACUACAUAAUGCAGAGAACUUUAACCAAUAUUUGAACUCUGGUGUGGUGAAUUAAACUGUAAGGGAUACACAACAAUAUACUGGUUUGGUCACUCCCAUGAAAACAACUCGACUUAUUCUCAUUUUGACAUCAAUGAAGUACAACAUAACAGCUGAGAACCGGCAUAUCUCAAAAAGGAAAAUCAAGUGAAAUUGUCCUAAGAAUUAAUUUAAAAACUUUUAACAAUGGCCGAGACACUGUACUCAUACAUGUACUAUGAUAAUGUUACAAAUGUAACGCAAGUCACAGACAGUGUUGGUUUGAAUGCUGAGUUGGCUAGGGUAACAUUACUUCUCACCUCCAUCUUAACUAUAUCAGCAAACAUCAUUGUCUUGAUAGUGUUCCAAUAUAUGAAGACAUUGGAGAACAUGACAGGUGUAUUUGUUCGCUCGUUAGCCGUGGCCGAUCUGGGGGUUGGUGUUUGUGUCUUGAUCGCGACACAAUCCCAGUGGGCUACCGAUUGGCCCCAUGAGAUGUGGUCCUGUAAGCUCAUGGGGUACCUCCUAGCUGUUAUGGUCGCUGUAUCUAUAUUGAGCUUAACAUGUGUAAGCAUCGAUCGUUACAUCGCAAUCAUUAAACCGCUGAAAUAUAAAUCCAUCGUGACUAAACGCCGAGCUCGCAUCUACGCUUUGAUUGUAUGGAUUUUAGUUUUACUCAUAUUUCUACCAGCCAUGUUUGGUUGGGGUGGAUUUGCUCAAAGCAAUGACUGCAAGGUAACUUUCGACAAAAGUUUACAAGUGUCAUUUUGCAUGAUUUGCAUCCUCAUUAUUCCUUCACUCAUUAUAUCUAUUUUCUGCUACUAUCACAUCCUACAUGCUUGCCUGGCACAAACUAGACACAUUGAGCGAUUAGAGACGCUGUUUCACGAGCCAGACACUCAAGACACAACCACAAGAAUCUACGAGCGGAUGCUAGCUAAGAUGUUUCUUAUCGUAAUCAGUGCUUUCUACUUUUCCUGGAUACCCUUUGUGAUUCAGAAGAUCAUCGAAGUCACAUGUCAAGUCCAGGUGAAUCCAGUGGUCAGCUUCUUGACAGCAUGGCUGGGAUUCUUAAAUAGUUUUCUUAACUGCAUCAUCUAUAUCAUCGGACAUCGAUCAUUCCGUGAGGGGUUCUACUUGAUGCUAAGGUCAUGUUGGCGUGGCAUAACCUCAGUAUGUAAAACAUGUAAGGAUCUUUGCUUCUCUAAGAGCAGGGAACGUUCACAAAGUCAGGUGAUGCAGCUACAGGAUCUUUCUGUGACGGACUGUUAAUCUUAGACUACCUAAUAAAAGAGAUCUGGUUCUGAAGUAUUUUUGGUUUGAAAUUUAACAAAUUUAUGUAACAAACUUGGUUAUGAAACUGUAACAGAGAUGAAUUUAUUAAGUACUGAGAUAAAAUAUUUUACUAAGUACUACAGGCAUGUUUAUUGAAAGAUGUAUUUUUUUCACAAAAUAAGAUUUUUUUUUUUUUUUUUAAGUCAAAAUGGAUUUUGAUGGCAAAAAGACACGGUCAGGGAAUUAGCAGGAAAAAUGCAUUGACAGAUUGCAUUUAUUACAACUGUUUUUUUUCAUAUCAAGUGUCAUUGACCACAAAAGGAUAAAAAAAAACUAAAAAAAACUUUGGCCCUUGUUUACAAGUAAAUCUGGCACCAUUAAUGUUGUUUGUACAAAAAAGAUGCAAACUUAACAAAGUAAAUAAACUUGACACAGGUGUCCCUUUAGUCUCAUGGACUAAUGGGAAAAGGUUCACGAUCAUCUUGUAAGUUACAUUUCCAUGGUUAUCAAACUCUCUGAAUCAUCACAAAUAAAGAAAACUAAAUCUUGGACUCAGCCACGAGAUAUUUCAAGAGCUCCCAGCUUUCCCUAAUGGCUCCUUCACUUCUUAUAUGCUGGAAUUUUAAGGCAAAUGGAGAAUUGGAAGAAUUGAAGAAAAACCUUGGAGAUUAUUGACCUGAAUAUAAUGUUAUUAAUGUAUUAUUUGGGCCAUGUCACACUUGACAUUAUCUAUCCUGUAACGUGGUCUAUAAAAGGUGUGUAGUACACAAAUUUGUUUCACUUGGAUGGCAUAAGAGAAUUAUCUGAAAGUGUCGUACUAUCCAUUGGGAUUUUGUUUUGACACUAAAAUUUAAAAUGGGAUUUGUUCUUUUCUUGGAGACGACCCAAACCUGGUGGCUUGUAAAUUAUCACUUGACACACUUAAAUUUGUUUUUACAAAGAUGAGAGUUUGAUGUUAUGCAACCAAGAUUGUUUAAUAUUAAAUUGAUGACUACAUAAACAGUAUGUUGUUAAAAAUGAAAGUAAUUGUAAAGAUUUUAU